UUAUUGCUGUUUUAACAGCCGGAACAAAACCAAGCGGAAUCUAAAAGCGCCCCGCGCGCGUUUCCAGAGGCUCGAUGGGGACGGACAGGGCACCCCCGCGCGCCUGCCGUUCACUCUGCAAUGAAUUAAAAUUUGUAAAUUCCCUUUUAGUUUAAACAACAACGCGACAUUUCGUCGGACGUUCGCUGCCUGUCGUUGUAGACGCAACGCUACACACAGUAGGCUGGUUAAUGUGUUUAACAAUUCCUUACACCGCUCUGCAUCGCUUCUCGCGCGGGAUGAGCGCCUCGACUAGCUAGGCCGCGGUCGCAUGAGCCGUACGCCCACGUGACGGCGCGCGGCCGCUUUGCGCCAUGAAGCGCGUGCGGAGCGAGCAGCUCCAGUCGGCCGUCAACCAACUCCUCAAGCGGCGGCACUACACCGAGUCGGAGCUGGCUCAGCGGCAGAGCUUCCGGGGCUCUCAGUCGGCCGAGGAGAUGGCGGCCAGCAUGGCAGCCCAACUCGAGAGUGGGCCCAUGAACGCAGUGUCAUUUGGUGUCUAUGAGCCCAACCCCUCACACUAUGAUCGCCAGUUCAACGCACUACGCCAAUUUGUCAAUGAGCUGCGCGGGGAGGAGCGCGUGGAGCUGCAGACGUUGAUGAGCGCCCUCUCGCUGGCGCUGUGCGUGGAGCUCGCGCUGGGCGGAUGGCGCUCUGCCGCCGAGGCGUUCCACGGGCGCCACGUGGGGCCCGUCGCCCACACUCACGAGCAGCGGCUCCUGGCCGAGCGGCUGGGUGCAGCGCUCUCGCGGCAGGACGUGGGCUCGGACACGUGCGUGCGCACGCUCACGGAGCACAAGCUGUGCGUGGAGCUGGGCGUGGUGGCGCACGGCCGCCUGAUGCGUCACCUGCUGCAGGGCGAGCACGGCCUGCUGCUGCGCGCCGUCAGCACGCACCUGCGGCUCGACGUGCGGGCCCAGGCGCGCAGCUCCGCGGCGGGGCUCGAGCUUUAUAGCGACGGCACCGGCGGCAGUGGGGGGGGCGGUGCGAGUGCCAGGGCCGGAGAAUCGGCAGCAGCGGCAGGGGGGCUGACGGCUGACGGUGACCCCGAGAUGAACGCCCUCCCGCCGGACGAGGUCUCGCUGGAGCUGCUGCAGGACAGCAUCCGGCGCGUGCGCGAGGGGCCGCUCAACGCCGCCACCGUCUGCCUCUACGGCUUCAAGGAUGACUCGACGCCACCCGGAACCACCUCCACCACCACUCCCGCCGGCUCCGCCUCGGGGUCCGGCGCCGGCGGGACCAGUGGCGUUGCUGCGGCCGCCACCUCUACCACCGCCUCCAGCCUCGGCGUCGGUGGCAGCAGCGGUAACAGCGGCGUCGGUGGUGGUGCAGGUGGCCCCGUGAUCGCCAACGCCACUUCGCCACAACCGGGAUCGUCGGCUUCUUCUGCCGCCGCUGCCGCCACUGCUUCCACCACCACAACUGCCGGCUCCGCUACCGCUUCUGCCACCGCCCCGCCACCUCCUUCCACUUCCUCCUCCUCCUCCUCGUCAUUCUCGUCGUCGUCCUCCUCGUCGUUUGUCAGUGCUACCGCGGGAACCGCCGGUGGUGGCGGCGGUGGCGGUGGCGUUUGUGGCGGUGCUGGAACGGUGGGCGGCGGCAGCGGCGGACCGUCUGUGCCGGCGCCCCCGUGCGCGGCCGAGGUGGCGCCGGGGAUGGGGAUGCUGGCGGCCGGCUACGAGGACUCGCGGGUGAUGUUGUGGAGCCUGGGGCCGCGCAAGCUGCGCACUGCACGGCACAACGUGGACGUGGCGCGCAUCAACCUCGCUUGCGACAUCCUGGACGACAAGGUGGUUGAGGACAGCAAAGGCAGCGACGUGAAGACGCUGCGCGCCCACUCCGGUCCCGUCUACGCCGUGCGCUUCCUGCCCGGCGGUGCGGGGCUGCUUUCGUGCUCCGAGGACGCGAGCGUGCGCUUCUGGGACCCGCGCACAUUCACCAACACCGCCGUCUACCAGGGACAUGCGUACCCUGUGUGGGACGUGGACGUGAGCGCCCUGGGCCUGUACUUCUGCAGCGGCUCGCACGACCGCACGGCCCGCCUCUGGGUGCCCGAGCGCGCCUUCCCACUGCGCGUCUACGCAGGCCACGUGUCGGACGUGAACGUCGUGCGCUUCCACCCCAACGGCAGCUACGUGGCGACGGGCUCCGCCGACCGCACGGUGCGCCUGUGGAGCGCCCAGCAGGGCUCGGCGGCACGCCUCUUCACGGGCCACCGGGGCGCCGUGCUGGCACUCGCUUUCUCCCCCGGAGGGCGCCUGCUCGCGUCCGGCGGGGAGGACCAGCGCGUCCGGCUCUGGGACAUCGGCAGCGGCGCCAUCGUCAAGGAGCUGCGUGGACACUCGGACGACAUCACCUGCCUGAGCUUCAGCCCCGACGGCAGCGCGCUGGCAUCCGGCUCUUCCGACGGCUCGGUGCGCGUGUGGGAUGUGCGUGGAGCCUCCACGAAUCCUGGUGGCGGCGGCGGCGGCAGCGGAACUGGCGGCGGUGGAACUGGCGGCGGUGGCGGAACCGGGGCGGCCGGGGGCGGCGGCGGCGGCGCUGCGUUCGCGGCUGACGUCGAUGCGACCGAGAUCACGGGCGCGGCGCCAUCGACGCGGAUUUGCACGGCGCUCAACGUGCAGUUCAUGGCCUCCAACCUGCUGCUGGUGAGCGCCGUCACGAGGGACGAGCCUGCCGGUGGCACGUGACGGCGCGCCUAGGGUGGGGGGGGGGGGGGCGACUUGGCCAGUUUGGCGCGCUCGCGAUUGAUCGGUGAUUGAUGCCCAGCGCUCUCGUGGUUUCGAUGCUGGUUUGACACUGGUGCGUCGUGGUUGAUUGAUGGUUCACGCUGCCCCUUUGUGGUCGAUGCUUGGCGCUGCUGGUGCUUUAAUCACCAAUGAUCGAUAGUUGAGGCUGCCCUCUCAAAAUUGGCUUGUCAUAGAGACGGCUCUCUCAUGAUUGGUUAAUGUUUUUGACAUGGAGCAUUCGUGAUUGGUGAGUGCGUAUGAACACUCUCCUGCGAUGGACUAGUGUCCAAGAUCACUCUCUUGUAAUUGGUUGAUGGUUUGACAUUGCCUUCCUGUGAUUGGUUGGCGAUUUAACAUAGCUCGCUUAUAAAGGACCAAAAUGUUCACGUUAACGGGCUUGGCUCGAAUCUUCCAGAGUGCCUACCUUUAAGCACCACCUACACGAAACUUGGCCUCCGCACCUCAUAUUCAGUCGUUGAACUUGCAACUUCAUUUGUAACUCUCUUGGUUUCAUGCCAUAAUGGAACGUUCCGUACAGCAGUACACCACAGUCCAAAGUGCAGCUCCGUGAAUGUGUCUUUUGUAAUAUAUCACAUAAAGCAUUUCAGCACUCGCAUGAAAUGUAGUGGGAUGUAUAAGUGAGUUGGCACAUUUUGCCUCCGACCAAAUCGUACUGAAAAUGCCCAUGGUUGUCAGAUCUCGGAAGCUAUGCAGGCUUGAGCCUCUUAGUGGAUACAAGGCUGUCUUAGACUGCUACGUGUUGUAGCUCUGGUGGUCAAUAGAUGGCAGCACAGCAAUGCAUUCUUGAAUGUCUUUUGAGCUUUGAGCAUUAGCCCGUCGUGAGCAUGGGUCUUCUUCAGAUUCUCAAGUGUCCUCCCGCAGGCCAAACUCUUGUCUAAGCAUCCGAAGAGUUUUGAGUAUUUGUGAAGAUCUUAUGGGUAAUUAAAGGGUAGUAGUCGUAUUAUUAUAGUGACUGCAAUCCGCUCUGUGUACAUUAAAAGUGCCAAAGGGGAAUGUACAGCACUGGCUAAGGGAUGCCGAUGGAUAUGACCACCACCUCACGCUCGAUUGGACAGAGGGACGCUUGGCAGUCAUCAUCAGCCAUGUUCUAUCCACUGCCGGAUGGAAGGGGAGUCAUAAUUUAUCACGAUCCCGCGGUGCAAUAAAGCUGUCCUCCAAACAAGCCGAUGUCAUCGCUCCGUAUUCGUGGUGGUUGUCCUCCUGGGCAUGUUUUCUCCUUGCGCAGCCCCUCCUUCGUUAGCCUCGACCACUGGCUAUAAAUUCCUGGCCAGCGUCGUGUCCUGCUGCUCAAGCUCGUGUAACGUUCACAAUGAUGUCUUCAACUUGCGUUUGUUCUUCGAUUCAUGCGUUUGUCUGUCUCGGUGUAAUUCUGAGCGUUCACCCUCGCCAUGCUUAUCUGCGCACUUUACAGCAUUUGUUACAUUUCCUUUGUCAGUGUCUCUGGUCCCAUAUAGCAUUGUAUGUAAUACGCACUGAUUGAAAACUUUCUUUGUUAAGCACUAUUGGCUUGUUGCUUUUCAUUGCCAAUUAGAAUUUUCCAAAUCACACCAACAUUGUCUCGUUUGCCUCCUAAUUUCAUUGAUUCGUGUUCCAGUUACAUAGUUUUCCUAAUGUAUAUAUUUACGUGCUGAUAUUUUCCCAGUCGUGCCACCGCAACAAAUUGUUAUACAUUAAAUUUGUUUUGCUCAAGAUAAAUAUGUAAAUAUGGGCCUUUAUUUUGAUUAACAAUAGGUCGGAUCCCCAUCCUGGUUUAAAUCUUUAAAAAAAAUACAGCAAUGAAUAUAAAUGCGGUACAAAAAGUCAAUUAUUCGUGAAGGAAAACUUCAACUCAGUCGCAAGACCAAUUUUGGCAGGGUACUGCUUUGACCGGUUGUAGAGUCAUUCUAUUCAGCAAUUGUAAAUGUUGUCAUGUCGUGUCAUCGAGCCCUCGUCUAUUCAAGUGGGUCGUAGUAGUAAUGAAUUCAGUGUCUCUACGCUAAAACGACCAUUGUGUGGUGCGCAUUGCCUUUGGAGGUGCUGAGCCGGUGGAGGAAGAGGGUGGGCAAGUUAUGAAACAUUUACUGUUGACCUUCCUCACAGUGGGUCUCAUCGUAUCAGCCCCAACGGGAUCGUGGGGCCCAGUUGAUCCGUGACUGGGAUUUGAACUCCUCCAUGUCGGAUUUAUAUAUGAAAUGAAUAACUGAAUGUAAUGUUCAUGGUCCCUGCAAUUAAGUAUGUCUUACUGCCAUUUAGAAACGACGUAGUUGUAUAUCAUAGUUGUCUUAAGGUUUACGUUAAUUUUUUUACUUUUUAUGUUGUCUUUUUCCCCCGAACGGUAUUGUAUUUUUGUAUGGAAAGUACAGUGGUUGUGUACAAAAUAGUUAAAUUAAAUGAUUUCAUUUGCCACGCAUUUACAACUUGUGUUAAAAUGUGACUCGUUUUUAUAAUGCAAAUAAAUUGAAGGGUUUGCUUCAUCACUGAAAGGAAAAAUGAGAGGUGAUCAUUAAGUCUUCGCGUGACGUAGAAGCAGUGGUGCUACAAUAAAUACAAAAUGCUUAGUUAAAAGUACAAUAUUUUUUAGUAGCGUUAUGCAAAAUUUCAAAGCAAUGGAUUAAAUGCAGAUUUUUGUACAAGUUUUCUUUGUAAUUUAACCGGGAAAUUCUCAGCGUGUCUUAAGAAUUAAUUCUCAGGAGGGUCCUGUAUUGGAACCUUUGGCCAGUUCUGUAGCAAGUUUUUUUUGCAUGUAAUUGUGUCUGAGAUGAGAAAUUUAGCAAUCUGGCAAAACUAUGGAAAAUGUAAUUCUUCAAAAAACCCAUACUCAUAACUGUCUCCCAGUGGCUUACAAAUAUUUCCACACAUAAAAAAAAUCUAUAUGUAUAAUGUGCGUGAAGAAGACGGGGAUCAAUCAUUGUAUGCUGUCUGCUCUGACGUUGAUCAGAAAUGGAAGAAACGCUAAAAAAGUAUCAAGGGAUGCAUUCUUGGAAUUGCACUGAGACAAAAAUGGAACAAACGGAUCAGG